AUGAGCACGACUUCGACCACACUUCCUCAGCUCUCUUCGUAUCUGCCAUCGUCUUCGUUAGGCACUUGUAUUUCUAACAUAGACAGCAGUGUGAGGGCCAAAAAACAACGCAAAAGUAUCAUAGGCGCACGCUUUGCAUUUAGUCCCACGCGACAUCCCGACCAUCAGCUUCGCGACAAACAGCUUAAAAGCAAACAAGGCCCAGUAGAUGCAGCAACAGACGUUGACCUUUUGUUUAAGGAACCUUCCUCCUCAGGGUCCAACAGUACUUAUCAGGCGCACGGGCAAGUUAGUCCACUCUUAAUCUCAAAAGGCUCUGUCUUGUCGUCUACAUGUACUCCAUUCGCUCGGGAUGGCGACAAGCUAGACGUCGAGACACCCCGAUUUUUUGCGUCACAGCAAACCACACCCCGUCGCGAGCGCACAUCAAGGUAUCUGAGCGAGGGGGACCGCCAAGAGAUCAUCACGCGAAUCGAUGGCGGCGAAAAACAGGUAACACUUGCCAGGGAAUUCAGUGUGAGUCGUGCUGCAAUCUGUAGUCUCUACAAAAACCGAUGGGAGGUGCUUACUCGUGGGAGCCGGAACCUCGAGCUAAAACACCCAAAGAAGUCGUGCGGUCAAAGAUCAAGACCUCGUUUUGCACGGCCUUACACAGCAAAAGACGAAGCGAUCACCUUUGUAUCCGACAUGUCCACGAUAUCAAUUUGUACAGAUGACGGUUUGUGCGAUGCGUUCGAAAACAGCAUCAGCAAUCUGUCGGGGGUUGCGGCUAAAGGUAAAAACAAGCAACCUGCGGUGAAGGGCGAGCACUUCAAGUAUCAUCAACUACAUUAUCAUCAUCCGGUAUCUGACCAGCGGUCUCCAGUCCACGAAGCAGUCAAUGGUCCGGCGAGAUCGUCGUCGUUUCUAGUUCAUGAGGCAUCGGCGUAUUCGUAUCCAUGUAGAAGCUUGAUCGCUACGCUGCGCGACGAAAACAUCAGUACGGUUGUAUUUCAACAACGAUUCACGCGGCUGGUACAUCUACUGAUCGAAGAAGCGCUAACUUGUUUGCCGCAUGAGGAUGUCAAAAUCACAAACAGAUUUGGAGACACAUGUCAUAUAGCCAAGCCUCGAAAUGAGCGAGAUAUUUGUGGUGUCUCAAUGGAAAACAAAGGCAUGGUGUUACUGAGCGUGUUUUCUACCAUUAGUCCGUUAUCGUCCACGGGCGUGGUUUCCGUUGCCGUGAAAGGAGCAGACAAUAACAGCAUUAAUAAUGUGUGUUCGCCCGACAUACAUGCACAGCUACCUCUCGUCAGUUCUCGCCAGGUUGUGCUACUUCUUGACUACCAAUGCACUACGGGAAAUGAAGCAUGUGCAGUGCUGCAUUAUCUUGUGCAUGAGAGGAAUAUAUCCGCGAAACGUAUUUAUUUCGUGACGGUCAUCAGUUCCUUUGAAGGACUGCGAAACGUGUUCUGGCACUUUCCAGGUGGGUCUUAG